AUGCGCAAGGUCGACUGGCGCCUCAUCCCCAUUCUCUCGGCCAUGUACUGCGUGUCGCUCAUUGACCGCACCAACCUCUCGCUUGCCCGGCAGGCCAACAACAUGCACAUGGACAAAGAGCUCGGUACGAACCUCGGCAACCGCUACUCGAUCAUUACUCUCAUCUUCUUCGUCCCCUACAUCAUUUUCGAGGUCCCCUCGCAGCUCGGUAUUCGCAAGUUUGGUGCUCGUUGGUGGCUGGGCGGCGCCACCACCCUGUGGGGCAUUAUCAUGCUCGCCAUGGGCUUUGCGCCCAACUGGCAGACGCUCGCGGCGCUCCGCGCCAUCCUCGGUCUCUUUGAGAGCGCGCUGUUCCCCGGUGCCGCGUUCCUCAUCUCGUGCUGGUACGCGCGCCGCGAGAUGGCCAUUCGCAAUGCUCUCUUCUACGUCGUGGCCGGUAUCGUGAACACUUUUGGCUCCCCCAUUGGCUACGGCAUGUCGCUCCUCCACACCCGUGGUGGCCUCAGCGGCUGGUCUUGGAUCUUCAUUUUCUUCGGUAUCCUCACCAUCGUCGUCGGCCUCCUCGGUAUCCUAUUCAUCGUCGACUUCCCCGACAAGGCUACUUUCCUGAGCGACGAGCAGCGCCAGCUGGUGCACACCCGUAUCCAGCGUGACCGCGGCGACGCCACCCCCGACCCGGUCACUCUCGCCAAGGUCAUCCGCUACCUCUGUGACUUCCGCAUCUGGGUGUACGGCCUCAUGUUCAUGAGCUCGACCAUGUCCUCUUACUCGCUCGCAUACUUCCUCCCCGUCAUUCUCGGCAGCAUGGGCUUCAACAACGUCGAGACUAUGCUCCUCAACGUCCCCUGCACCGUCUACGCUUUCAUCCCCUCGCUUGGCACAGCCUACCUCGCCGACCGCUACCGCAACGCGCGUGGCUGGUGCGUCGUAUUCAACGCUCUCUGCGUCAUCCUCGGGACGUGCAUGUACUCGCAGCUCCCCAUGCCGCAGAAGGCUGCGCGCUACGUCGGCGUCUUUUUCGCUGUCGGCGGCUGCAACGCCAACAUCCCUCUCCUCCUCGCUUGGGCGCAGACUUCGAUCCGCGCGCAGUCGAAGCGCGCCGUCUUCGCCGCCAUGAUCGUCGCCUGGGGCGGUGUGGGUGGUAUCCUGGCCGGCGUCGUCUUCAUCCAGAAGGAGGCCAAGCGUGGCUACCCAACCGGCGUGUUCUUCACGAUCGGCAUGAACGCCUUCACCGUCGUUGCGGCUAUGGGUCUUGCGGCGUUCUACCGCUACAAGAACAAGAAGGCAGAGCGCGGUGAGGUUGUCCUCGAGGGCUCCGAGGACUUCCGCUACCAGCCUUAA